AUGAGCAAGCAAACAUCGCCGAAGGUCCAUCAACUACGCCCGCGCGAAUCCUUCGCGGAGCCAUCGGAGUGCACGACCCCCUUCGGGACGCUUCUUGGGAUUGCGAAUAACACCCCCGCCUUCAGCAACUGCCGCCGCGGAUUGAAGGUUCAGUGGGCUUCCUAUUUUGAUUUUAAUAAUCCGAUGGAUGUAAGCGAGCCUAAAGAUUCCACCACGCAGCGGAAGUUCAUGACGGCAAAUCGCUAUGUUGCGAUGGAUUUUGUGAUGCGUUGGUUCGCACAUAAUCGCGGGUUGAUGCUAAUAAAGGGUCGAAAUAUCAACGACUUCGCGCAGAAUGCGUACUUUUACAACCCCGCGCGGGGUUCACAGGAGUGGGAUGCGGAAUUCAUUGCGAACCAUCGGAAAGGGAAUACGCAAGAUGAACUAGUAUAUCUUCGGCCGCGGGUGGGCGAUAUCGUUAUCUACAAUAAUGCACCCAAGCUUGAACUCAACGACGGGCACCUUGCGGUGAUCGUGGGUGUUGAAAACGAUAUCGAGGGGGCCGGUGGGGCUAAGAACUUCAAAGAGAUGCUCGAUCGUAUGAUUCCACCGAGGAUUAUCUAUUUAGCGGAGCAAAAUUUUGAAAAUAAGCCAUGGGAGGGGAAGAACUACUCGCGAAUUGCAUAUUUUCGAUGGGUGGAGUCGCCAGGAGGGGGAGCGCCGAAGGGGUUCAUUGACGACCCUUCAGGCCUGCAGGUGUUUGGUCGUUUUCGAGUAGGCAAACCCAGAUUAUUGCGUAAAGAGAAAGAUCCCUACGAAGAUUAUAUGAACGAGGAUCUAUAA